GAAGCAGAGACUUGAAUAAAACCUCCUCCCUUUUUGUUUGGACUCCCCAGAAACUAAAAUCUCAGAAAGGGAGAGAAAGUGAGAGAGCGAGGGAGAGAGAGGUGGUGGCCGGGGCCUCAUCGAUGGCUAGCUUUGCCCGGUGAAGACCCGACAGGGUUUGAGGGAAUUUAUGAGCACGAGAUCCCGAAAAUCAACACGGGUUGGAAUAGAAAUGAGCUGGAUGGAUUUGAUUCUGAAGUGGGCUUUAGUGCUGAUGCUUCUUGGUCUGGACUCUACAUUUUUAGAUGCUUUUCACAUCAAAGAUGAUUUUGGGCAUUGUGAAAGUACUGUCAAGAAGUGGGCAUCUUCGUCCGUUUAUGUAGAAACCAAAGAAGACAACCAUACACUGCAGGAAUUGUUGUUUUUUAUCCAUGUCCCUAGAACAGGAGGGCGUACAUAUUUCCAUUGUUUUUUGAGAAAGUUGUAUUCAAGCAAUCUAGAAUGCCCUCGGUCUUAUGAUAAGCUGCGAGUUGAUCCUAGCAAACCAAAUUGCAGGUUAUUAGUUACUCAUGAUGACUAUAGCAUGAUGUCUAAACUUCCCAAGAAGAAAACAUCAGUUGUGACAAUACUUAGGAACCCCGUCGAUCGUGUCUUUAGCACUUAUGAGUUCUCGGUUGAGGUAGCAGCUAGGUUUUUGGUGCACCCUAACUUAUCUUCUGCCACACAAAUGGUUGGAGGCUUGCGUUCAAAGUCUCAUGGAGUGAGUACACUGAAUAUUUGGCCAUGGAAGUAUUUGGUGCCAUGGAUGAGGGAGGACCUAUUUGCUCGGCGCGAUGCCAGAAAAAAUAAGAACCCAAAUUAUGUUGAGGGCAGCAAUCCAUUCAACAUGGAGGAUGUUGUUAUGCCAUUACAUGAAUACAUUAAUGAUCCUAUUGCUCGGGACAUUGUUCAUAAUGGCGCCACCUUCCAGGUUGCAGGUUUGACAAACAACUCGUAUCAAGCAGAAUCUCAUGAAGUGCGUCAUUGUGCACAAAAGUAUCAGACUCUUGGCCAAUAUGUGCUUAAAGUUGCAAAGAGGAGGUUGGACAAAAUGUUAUAUGUUGGACUCACUGAGGACCAUAGAGAAUCUGCAACAAUGUUCGCAAAUGUGGUUGGCGCACAGGUGAUUUCCCAGUUGACAGCAUCAGGCUUUGAUGUGCAGAAUGCAGCUAACAACAAAUCAGAGCAGAACUCAUUUGCUGAUUCUGAGCCCGACAGUAAUCCUUUUCUGAAUAGCACAACAUACCAGAAGGAUAGUGAAAUUGCUUCAACUGAAAGUGUUGAAACAAAAAAUGAAAAUAUGACUGUUGGAAAACUUAUGGGAGCAUAUGAGGAAUGUGUUGCUAAUUUACGGAAGGUCCAAGCGCGUCGACGGGUGUCUUCUUUCAAGAGGAUUGCUCCGGCGAACUUCUCAAAGAAGGCUCGCCUUGAGGUUCCUGAAGUGGUUCUUCAGCAGAUCAUAUCACUCAACAGUCUUGAUGUGGAGCUUUAUAAGCAUGCUCAGGACAUCUUUGCUAGGCAACAUAAACAGAUAUUGCAAACGUUUGCUAGCAUACCUCAGAAAUUGGGAUUGCUUGCUUAAAUGUUAUGAUCAUCUUUUAAAGAUACCACAUGGCGAGGGUGUGUUGGGAAAAAAUAAAAAUAGCCCACAAGCUCAGCUGUCUCAAGCAAGUGGCAAAUGACCGUGUUGUGACUUAUUCUAUAAUAAAUUGCAGGACAGGCAGGAAAGCGUGUACAACAGUUCAUAUGGUGCCCCUUCAUGGAAAGUUCUCUCCAUAGCCAUUUUUAUUGCCUUGCAGCUUUUCCUUGUCUUUCUAUUUGUAAAUGCAAGAAGAAGAACCUUGAAACUUAAAAUGUGAGUGUUUUUAUCUUAAUUUACAAGUUGUAAUGCAGAAAGUUGGGGGAAAGAAAAUUGCAGAAACAUGAUUACAAUUGAUCUGCUCUGUUUCCAUUCAUAUUGUGGCACCGUUGCCCGCCCUGAUGCCUCCUUGUAUUUAAAGCCGCCACAAAAAUAUUUUAUAGAGAUGACCCUUAUUGAUAAGGUGAGAAAA